CCCAUACGCCAUGUCUGGAUUCCUCACGCAGAGCUGCCUCCGACAGCUGACGCGGGGCCCUCUCCGCCAGGGCUCCCUCCCAAUCUUCCUCGCCCCGGCCUUCUCGCAACUCCCUCGCACCCAGUCCUUCUCCACGACCUCCCCGACCCAAUCUCGCGUCGGCGCUGCGGCGAUCGCCAUUCCCCCGGAAGUCUCCUUGAAAUUCAUCGAUCUGCCUCAGGUCGCCGUGAGAGGUGUAACGAAGGAUAUUCCGACGACAAGGGUGGAGAUCAAGGGCCCUCUGGGCGAAUUGUCCUUGACGCCCCCUUCCUUCCUGACGAUCGAUCAUGACGAAGCCGCCCGCAAAGCGAGCCUGUCCGUCGUGGACGCCACGAUCGCUCACCAACGUGCCAUGUGGGGAACCAUGCGGGCACUGCUACAAAACUCCGUCCUGGGCGUGUCGGAAGGCCACGUCUGCAUUCUCAGUCUGGUCGGUGUCGGUUACCGAGCGAUGAUCGAGCCGACGGCCACCACGGUCGAGUCCGAGUACGAGGGCCAGCAGUUCGUCAACCUGAAGGUCGGAUUCUCGCACCCGGUCGAGCUGGGCAUCCCCAAGGGCGUCAAGGCCAGCACCCCGCAGCCGACUCGCAUCCUGCUGGAGGGUAUCGAUAAGAUUGCCGUGAAUCAGUUCGCCGCGGAGAUCCGCGAGUGGCGCCGGCCUGAGCCUUACAAGGGCAAGGGUAUCUUCAUCAACGACGAGACGAUCAAACUGAAGGCGAAGAAGAUCCGGUAAACGAGGGGUUCCGCAUAUUUCUUUUUGUUCUGUUCCAUUCUGUACAUGUAUAUCCAAGCACGGUUUCUCAUUUCUCAUCUCGCGAUUGGUAUCUAUGCUAUGUAUUUCUAGACGCAUCUAGCGUGCACGGUCUAAUCCGAUAAAGAUUCGUUGCAGGGUCCCGG